AUGUGGCAACAAUCUAUCCCUCAAUUUUCAUCAAAAGUGUCCACUUCCGCUGCUUGUGAACAAGACGCUUCUAAUGUCCCUAUUAACCCUAAUGAGAUUCUUGAGAUCACCCCUUUGCAGAUGGUGACUCCAUACGAUCUCGUGGCAAAACGGCCCAGAACAAUGCAUGCACGGAGAACCAAAGAAAUAGCAAGGAGACCUAAAGAGAACAACUUUGUUCAGACUUCUCAAUCGUCUGUUCCUCCACCCAGGGAAGAACUAACCAAAGAAGGCUCUAGGUAUGAUCAUAAUGCCAUUGUUAAAAUUGUUACCCAUAUCUUAACUGAGAAUAAUGCUACAUCCAGGACUCUUGUCCCUCUAAAAUAUGUGCUUCUUGAGUCAAAUGUCAUUGCUGGCACCUAUGUCCCAACAAAUAAUGAUAGGAAUGCUGGCACCUAUGUCCCAACAAAUAAUGAUAGGAAUGCAAAUGUUAAUGAAGGAAAUGAUGCUGUGAAUUUGAAUGUGCAUGUGAAUAAAAGAAAUGAUGGAGUAAAAGUCACGGUUGGUCAGGAUGAUUAUAGUGUUGAUCACAAUGAAAUUCUUGAUGGUGUUGUGCACAAUGAAGAGGCACCCUGCAAUGUUUAUACUAAUGAGUAUGUAAACCACACUAAAUAUGGUCAAAUUGAAGAAAAAGAACUAGAGGCUGACAGAGUAAUCAACCUUGAAUAUCUCUCUGAUGAUGACCUGGUUUCUUUUAUCAAUCCAAGUAUAGCCAGAAGGCUAUUGAGGAGGAAAGGAAAGCAAGCUGUAGUUGAGGACUCUCAGAAGAAAAGGGCAGUGGCUAAGCUCACUUCUGUUGGACCCAAAAAACCAUGGAGCAAAGUGGUGCCUAAGAAUAGAAAGGCCAGAAGCACUGCUAAGAAUGAGUCAGAUUCUUAUGUUGCUGUGGAUGUCAAUAACAUUCAUCCUAAGAAGAAGGUCUCUACUAGCAAGCUUGCUGCUAGUGUUCCUGAAGCACAUAUUGAUAAUAUUUCCUUUCAUUAUUCCUACAGUUUUCUCAGAUGGAAAUUUGUCUAUCAGAAAAGACCGGCCUUAGAGAGAGAACUUGCUCAGAAUGCUCUUGAGUAUGAAGAGAUUAUGAAUCUGAUUCAUGAGACUGGACUGAUGAAAACUGUGACUCUACUCUCUAAGUGUGAUGAAGUCCUUGUGAAGGAGUUCAUUGUGAACCUACAUGAAGACUGUGGCAAUAAGAAAACUAAUGAGUAUUUGAAAGUGUAUGUCAGGGGAAAAUGUGUGAAUUUCUCUCCCACUUUGAUCAACAAAUUUUUAGAAAGGUCAAAUGAAGCUCAACCAGAACUGGAAGUGUCUGAUAAUCAAAUGUGCAAAGAAAGGGAAUUUAUAUUUUUGAACAAACCUUAA